AUGGACGCAGCGGCGACAGCCGCUAAUGCCAAACGAGAUGCCGCUCGAGCCAGUGUCGCCCGGAGCGCUCAAGCUCUAGCUAGACGCAGGGCAGCGGAUAGGCGGAGAGCGCGAAUCCAAGCCGCUACCGGUGUCGAUCCUGGGGAUCAGGAAUCGGUCGUCGAUAACACCGAAAUUGACCAGGCGGAUUUCGUCCCAGAUGCGACUGUACCUACCUUGCCUCGCCGGUGGAUCCAACGUACGCCUCUCGCGGCUGGGACCAUCGACUCGGCCGAGUAUCAUGAGUUGAUCCGAGAGUUUCCAACGAGGACCGACGGCUCUACAGAGCCGGAAUACCACCCGCUCAAGAGCGAUCUACGAGCAUUCUCGGCAGCUGGCCCUGAUGCCAACCGUCAGGCGACGAUGAAAGCAGCCUUGAACAAGAUGGUCAGAGCCAGACGACUCAAUGCGAGGAUUCCCGCGCCCGCCAAUUACGAAGAAGUUGUCGACCUGUAUGACGACACCGAUGCUGCGCGGUCGUUAUUGGACUCGCUCUAUCCUUCUUCGCAUUCAGAUUAUCAAACGUCUGGUCCGAGGUUGAAGGCAUGGCAGCGCGCGGUAUUGUUCUACGAGGCCCUUGACCCGAACAGCAACAACGUCGGGAAUGACGGCUGGAAUCCGGCCAAGAGAGCCCUGCUACCGAAUAUCGACCACGUAAUGCGAGAUUUUGGAGACGGUCCUGACGGAUGGCCUACCUGGAUUUCCGAUCCUACCUCGCCCGACAAAGGCGGUCAGAUCGACCCCACUACCUCUGACGCUGCCAGAUACCGUGCCUGGGUCGUCGUCAAGACCCUGUCGAAUCCUAUUGUUCUCCCGCACGCCUAUUGUUCUCCCAGAACAAUAGACCGCAUGGAACAAUAA